UCACCAUCAUUACCAUGAGCUGCACUUACGCAUUAAUAGCCUUACGCGUGUUUUGUUACGUUUUUUUAAUGGAAAUGUUGGGUGUUUUCAACUCGCCUUUUGUGAUGAUUAUAUUGAAACGCUUUAAAAUAUGAAUUCUAAUAAUUAUUCAUUUGACUAAAACUUUACUUCAUCUUGUUCUCUGUAUGGUACUAGUAGGUUCAUCUUCUCAUUUCUCAAGAAUUUGAACAAUACACCAAGGAAAAUUAACUUCCAAAAGCUUCAGUAUAAUUCUGCAUUGUAGAGGAUGUGUUCAGUAUAAUUCUGCUUCUAUGUUUGAUGCAUUGGCACACAGGUUUUUCGUUUUUGAAUAAUCAAAAUGUUAGUUAAUGCUUAUGUUAGAUUCCAGGGUUCGUAUCCUGAACCUAGGUGUCCCUUACAAGAAUCGCCUUUUUCGCAUUUGAGAAAUUUUGACUAGCUGAGGAAGUGCUUUUUUUUUGGUAAAAAGUCUUAAGUUUAAGGUCUGAUAUGGAUGAUACAUCGAAAGUGUUGAUGCAAAGAUAUGAGUUAGGAAGAUUACUAGGGCAAGGAACUUUCGGAAAAGUUUACUAUGGAAGGAGUAUAGUAACUAACCAAACUGUAGCUCUUAAAAUGAUUGACAAGGAUAAGGUUAUAAAAAAUGACCAAGCUGAUUGUAUAAAAAGGGAGAUAUCAAUUAUGAAACUCGUAAAACAUCCGAACAUUAUACAGCUUUUCGAGGUUAUGGCUACGAAGAGCAAGAUUUACUUUGUUUUGGAAUAUGCGAGAGGUGGUGAAUUGUUCAAGAAAGUAGCAAAAGGGAAGCUCAAAGAAGAUACUGCACAUAAGUAUUUCAAGCAAUUAGUUAGUGCAGUUGAUUUCUGUCAUAGUAGAGGUGUGUAUCAUAGAGAUAUAAAGCCGGAAAAUAUUUUGUUAGAUGAGAAUGAGGACUUGAAGGUAUCGGAUUUUGGUUUAAGUGCUUUUGCGGAAUCCAAAAGGCAAGACGGUUUGUUGCAUACAACAUGUGGAACGCCGGCUUAUGUAGCUCCUGAAGUCAUCAAGAGGAAGGGUUAUGACGGUGCCAAAGCCGAUAUUUGGUCUUGUGGAGUUGUUCUCUUUGUGUUACUUGCUGGUUAUGUGCCUUUCAAUGACUCGAAUUUGAUGGAGAUGUAUAGGAAGAUAAGUAACGCGGAGUUUAAGUUUCCUAAUUGGUUUGCGAAAAACGUUAGGAAGCUGUUGUGUAAGAUGUUGGAUCCGGAUCCUAGCACUAGGAUUUCUAUUGAGAAGAUCAAAAAAUGUUCUUGGUUUAAGUAUGGACCGAAUGGUAGACCGAAACAACAUGAAGAGGAAAACAAGAGUAUCUCUUCUUUGGAUACAAAUUCUGUAGGAUCGACAGUUCUGAUUGAAGGUGUGUCACGUGACACGACACAGACACAUGUGACUGAUGAAAUUGAAAAGCAAGAGUCAAUUGUACCGAUGAGUAUAAAUGCGUUUGAUAUCAUAUCUCUUUCUAAUGGUUUUAAUCUAGGUGGAUUCUUUGAAGACAGUUUUAAGAAAAGGGAAGCGAGGUUUACUUCAAGACAACCCGCGUCGGUUAUCAUUUCAAGGCUGGAAGAGAUUGCUAAGAGACUGAAGAUGAAAAUAAAGAAAAGGGCUGCUGGUUUGUUGAAACUAGAGGGAGUUGAUGAAGGUAGGAAAGGGAUUUUGUCUAUUGAUGCUGAGAUAUUUGAGGUUACUCCAGUUUUCCAUUUGAUUGAAGUGAAGAAAUCAAAUGGAGAUACAUUGGAAUAUCAGAAAAUAUUGAAUGAGAAAAUUAGGCCUGCUCUUCAAGAUAUUGUUUGGGUUUGGCAAGGUGAAAUACAAGAACAAUCACAAGAGUCGGAGCAGUAGCAGUAGCAGCAGCAGCAACAAUCGUGCUAUCUUCAUUUUGUACAUUUCAGGAUAUACUAGUUUUUUUUCCCGAAAUUAUGCUGUUUCUGCAUAGCUUUUUAUGUGUUUAACUAUGACAUAACCUUAAUGUAUUAGGUUUGUAUGUUGAGUUUGAUGGUUAACAAACAACCAGUGUACCGAAGACAUGCUAGAACAUGUUCAAAGUUCUUGAGAAAUAAAGUUCUGGGUUGAAGAUUGCAA